UAAAUAGGCGCGACAAGUUAGACAACAAAGCAUACUGCUUUCUAUGACGCUAUUUGUAGCAACUGUAUCGAAGAAGAGUGCGAUAUUAAACCAACAAGAGAGCAAAACUCGCAAGAAAUUUCUUUUAAACAACAUGAAAGCAACGUCUUACAAUCCAACUACAACCAGACUCAAAGAAGCGAUUUGCGACGGGAGAAUGUACCAAACUAGACAUCUUAUUGAGAGCGGAGUUGACGUGAAUUUUGUGGACGAUCAGAGUUUGACUCCUCUUAUGCACGCCGCACAGUUACCUGACGGAAAAUGUCGCACACGAAGCAAUUUACUCAAACUUUUGUUGCAGCACGGUGCGAAGGUAAACAUCGUUGAUAAAAAGGGCCGGCAUGUGCUGUCUAGGGCUUGCAUCGACGACAAAGAAGAUAUUGUUAGGCUACUGGUUAAUGCCGCAAAGCAGGACGUUGAUUUGAACUUACGAGAUUUUGACGGAAAUACUCCACUCAUGCACUCUGUUCGCACAGGUAACGCCACUUUAGUGAAGUUUAUAGUCAGCGAACUUAAUAAGUUUCAAGUUGACAUAGAUGUUAGAAAUCUCGAAGACAGGACACCUUACUUGGAGGCUAAACGACUGGGAAAUGAAGACUGUGCGGCUAUCUUGUUGACUGAAGGGAAUGCGUCAACCAAUAUUCAGGUGAAUCCUUUCUUGGAUUUUGAGAGUUUAAAAGAAGAGGCAACUUGGAAUGGCAGGGUUCGAGGUGUCGAGGAGAGUAAAUAUGCUACGAUUAGCAACUCUGCUGAGAGGAAACAAUCUAUUCCCCGAAAUAUUCAAAAGAAAGCCAUUCCUGCCAAGAAGACCCCUACUUUGUCCAGCGAGAAAUCAGCUUCAAACCACGAAAGGAUCUUGAGAAGAAAAACAAGUUCACCAAGAAAAAUUUCAAGCGCAAGUUUAGUAACUGAAGACACCAAAUACAAGGAAAAGUCUCAGUUUGCCCGCCGGCGUAAAUAUGCGUGGCAUGAGAGAAUUAUGAAACAUCCAAUAUCACGCAAGGAGGAAGUUGAGAAAGAGUUAGAGUUGGUCACAGCAAAGUUAGAAGGGGCAACAGAACACGUCAACCCGGACAGCAUCAGCGAACUCAGCUGCGCAUUUGACAUCAAACAAUCUUUUGAUCAUGAUGAAAGACAAGUAGUCGCAAAUUCUAAGGCACAAACGCCGGGGGUGAUGAAUACAUUGUCAAAUGCUAUGUCCUGUGGUGCGGACACAAUUCCGCGAAGCCAAAAUGUCAAAACAAAAUUACAUGUAAAUACGGCUGUGGGCCGGAAAUCAAAAGAAACGCCCAUAACACGCAAACCUGAUCGUUCGUAUCUCUAUUCAAAAACUUCGGAGAAUGCCGCUAUGGAAGACGAAUACAGCUGGUAUUCGCACUUCAGCGUCUACAAUUCUCCAUCUGUGUCUUUUCUUAAUAAAAUAAUGGCCAUUUAUGCGGAACAAAUGUCGCCCGACUCUUCGUUUCGUUUCGGUGCCGGCCCAGAGAAGACUGCGAAGAAACCCGAAGAGCCGAUGGUACCAAAGAUCUCUGUAGUAGCCAUGGAGGCCAAUGAAGAGUCUCGAUCCGAAGGAGGUCGUUAUUCUCCGUCAAGGUCAGCGCUAUCAAGCCGGUGCAACAGUGCUUCAAGCACCACCUCCAAUCGUAGAUUUCAGUCGGCUGUAUCAAGAACAGUUGCAUCAUAUUUAUCAGGGAAAAGGUCUCUUUCAACGCUUAAAGUGCAGGAUGUAGAUUUCUGAUUAGUACGUGGCCUGUUCAGCGAGAGCUUGACAGAAUGGGAUAAAUACAGUUUUUGAGUCUAAAAGUGGUUACUAAACAUAUUAUUUAUUUAUUUACAAACCUAAGUUUAUUAUUUUAUUUAUUUACAAAGCCAACCAAAUGUUACAAAGCGGUUUGGAUUCAGCCAAGGGAAUUAUACACUCAGCUUCACCUUAA